CACCUACCCUCACCGGUACAGGAAAGACAGCAGCCCAUGCACAGGUGGUCAAGAUGAUUUCUCCAUUGUGGCUGGUGGGGGCAAUAUGCUGUCUGACGUUGCUACCAGUUUGGCUGGAAGCAAAGUCUCUGCUGAAUACUAUCAAGCAGGAAGAGAUGAGCCCUGUUAGUGAUGUGAGUAUUGAUUCGGACAAGGCUCAUGGCUUCCUGACUCACUCACGACCAAAGCGCAAUGUGGAACCCAGGUGGUACAGAGGCAACCCCGACUUCCAGGCUUACUACCGCUACUACAAUAGCAUUGGACACACAGAGGGGCUGUAUGAGAUUGACCGGAUCAGGCUGCUGUACCAGCAGAUGAGGCAGCUGGAGCAUGUAUAUGGCCCCAACGCCUCACACUUCCAGAACAAAUUGGGAGUGCCCACCGUCAAGAAGUGCGACCCGGCCACGGACAAAAAAUGCAAAGCCCUACCCCCUCCCCCAAUAAAAAGCACCUCUCAACCCCCUCCUGCUCCUGCCAUCUCCCAGGCUGACGUCAUGUACCUGUGCAAUGCCAAGGACCCCCUCUGCAAGCCCCAUAUUGUCUACCUCCCCACCGGGGCAUUGCCCGUACUGUGCGACCCCCGCUACCACCCCUCCUGCAACCUCCACAAGCUCCCUCCUCCACCACCACCCCCAAUGCUUAAAAAAUCUGCCCCACAACUACCACCCCCCGCCCCAAAAAAGUCAUCUCCCCCUCCGGCCCCCAUCCACACCUACAAGGGCAUGGAGUAUGACUGCAAUCCCUACUGGGACCCAGACUGCCUGAUAGACCACCCACCUAGACCCUUCCAUGGCAAGGCUGGCCCACCCCCUCCUCCCGUUGAGGAGGAACCAGUUGAGGACGCACCACCCCCUGCAGCCAGCAACAAGAAAGUGGCCCAUCCCUAUCCCUACUAUGGCUACCACUAUAACUAUGGGCAUGAACUCUAUGAUCCAGUCCGCUUCCAGUACCCCUCCCCACCUUCUGAUUCCCCUGAUGAUAGUGGUAGUGACUAGCUCAUCAAAGCUCUAAAGGCAGUAUCUUUACUUACGCCUCAAGUGUUUUGUCAAUAAUGAAAGAAGAGUUGUUUUCCCCUCCAGAUGUAGAUUUAGAAGGACGAAGCAGCAGAGACCAUAAUUAUAGGUCUUCGAGCUAUUAAGCAUGUAACCGUCUUAUCAAUGUGCUGGUGACGCUGUUAUGGGCAGGAGAGCAAACCUAUUUGUACAGCAAUGACCUGCAGGAGAGUGAUGCUAUAUUACAAUGAUUGGAAAUAUUACAACGAUAAGACUGAUUGAUUUAUUACUGUCCAAUGUUCCGUUGUCUAUUCAGCAUCCAAAAUCAUUAUUCAGUUACACAAUUUUCAUAGCAAAAAAAGAUAAAGUAAAUAUUGACUCAAAUUAUGAAAAAUAAACUUUUUAAAAACUGUCUCUGGCUUGUCUCUCUACUGAACUCUGUUUGUAUACCACAUGCCAGUAUUGCUUGUUACUGUAGGUUUUGUGUAAUUAAAAGGCAAAMAUUUUGAUACGUGGCAAGUGAGAGCUUGAAAGAGAGGAUGAUAAAAUCCGAUAGAGGAAAGCUGACUCCUGUCUUUGCCACAUGGCUGGUAAACUUGGGCUCCUAAAGAAAAAGUGCAGGCUGGCGGUCAUUAUGUUGACAUCUGCUGCCUUUUAAUAUCCAAAUAAAUGCUGACCUGAAACUGUC